CGUGAGUCGUGGCCACGUAUAGUACAGCUAACACAAGCAGUUGUGAAGUUCCAUCCACUGAGGCAGCGCGCCGAGUCACCAGCGUCGCGUGAGCACGGUGAAGAUGGCCGGGGAGGCAGUCAACAAGGCAGAGGCAGAGGCGGAGGCGAGGGCGCCCUCUGCACCGGAGGCAGCGAAGAGCGGCGCGGCGGAGGAGGAGAAGGCCGUCAUCCUGGCGCCAUCACCGGCCUCCAAGACUGAGGACGCGGAGCCGCCGGCCGAUGACUCCAAGGCUCUCGUCGUCUUCGUCGAGAAGGUUGUUGAUAAACCUCAUGCUGAGAAGGCACCACCAACCUCAAAUGACAGAGCCGUUGCCCUUGCAAAGGUGGAAACAGACAAAAGAGAAUCGUUAAUCAAAGCAUGGGAAGACAACGAAAAGGCAAAAGCUGAGAACAGGGCCUCUAAGAAGCUAUUGGAUAUUAUUUCAUGGGAGAACACUAAGAAGGCAGUAAUAAAAACUCAACUGAGAAAGAAGGAAAAUCCAUCUGUGAGUGUUCAGGAAGAGUUGGAAAGGAAGAAGGCGGAAUACGGUGAGAAGGCGAAGAACAAGGAAGCAAUCGUCCACAGGGAAGCUGAAGAGAAGAGAGCAAUGGUGAUGGCCCGGCGCGGUGAAGAAGUGAUCAAGGCCGAGGAGAUGGCGGCUAAGUACCGUGCAACCGGAGUGACACCGAAGAAAAAUCUUGGAUGUUUUGGGGCAUAAAAAACAUACUAGUCGUCGUAUACUUGCUUUUUUUUUCUCUUUCGAAAGUUGUUUGUGCUGUUUUUGUAAAUGUGUCCUCUUUUUUUCUUAUCCGAAACAUUUUCAAGUGCCGUUAAAAUAGCACAUCAAGAUUGACAAAUGGCAAUCAUUGGUGGUACUUUCUAUAUUUCUA